AGUGAUUGUAUAACUCACACACAUUUGUUAUUGUUGAUUUUUUUUGUGAUGACAUCAAAUUAAAAAAAAUUAUUUAUUUUUUAAAUUAAUUUAAUUACAUCGGAAAAAAACAAAAAACUUUAAAAAAUGUUAGAGUUCUGCCAGAAAAAACACAUGUUACUCGGCCUUGGCCUAUUAGUUACCACAACAAUUGUAGUGUUAAUACUGGAAUCCCGGUUGGCCACCACCGGACCAAUGCGUCGCGGAAAGUCACAACAGUUUGUUAUCGAAAACAAUUCAACCUGCUGGAAACGUGAGGAAUAUACGGUGAUACAGGAAUGUCAUAAAUGUUCAGACUUUGAUAUUGUCAGCCGAAGCUUAGGUGUUUGCAUACAUACAAAAUACAAGGAGGUACUGAGAUGCAAAAGCGGUGAAAUUGUUACCAAAAGUUGUGACCGAGUGGCCUUGAUCGAUCAACGACAUUUCAUACAAUUCGAGGUGUGGUGCUUUGUUAUUGGCAUUAUAAGUUAUUUAAUAUCAUAUGCCCGUGAUCGUGUAUUAUCGAGGAGGACCCAUCAAAAGCUCGAACGACAAUUAAAUCGUGUAACGUAGAUGACGACUCAUUAUUUAAGACGAUAUUUAAAUUAGUUUUAAAAUAAACUUAAUUUUAAUCAAAUACUGA